CCUGCUUUCCGUCCACACACACCGCAAGUGCUCCUUCGCUGCUGCCGUCUCCCCUACAGCGACAGUCGAGCUCACUCCUCGUCGUGUGAUGGCCAUCGCGAAGUGGUUUGGCCAACCUAGUUCAAGCAGUGGCUCCAGCGCCGCUUGUCCGCCAUCGACUGACCGCGCCAAGUCCACCGCGAUCAACAAGGCUGAAGACAAGCACUUUGGGCUGGAGAAUUUCGGGAAUACGUGCUACGUCAACUCGGUCUUCCAGGCUCUGUACUUCUGUCAUCCCUUUCGUGAACUCAUCAUCCAAGCGCACGACAAAUCGAACCCUCCAGUUACGAACUCUAAUGGCUCUGCGCCUCUCACCGGCCCGCCCAUCCCAAUCGCCCCACCGACCAUGUUCUCUGCCCUCCGAGCGCUCUUCGUGCACAUAUCCAGCAAUUCAUUGGACAAGGGUGUCGUCGCUCCCAGGGCCUUCGUCGAGAAACUCAAAAAGGAAAACGAGUUGUUCAGGUCGUCAAUGCAUCAGGACGCCCAUGAGUUUCUUAUCUAUUUGCUGAAUAAAAUAGCGGAAGACCUGGAGGAGGAAGCGCGGAACGUGCGCUCAGGAAGCUCGUCAGGUGAAGACCGUAAGACGAACUCGUCGACGAAUUCGAACAUCGUGCAUGACUUGUUUGAGGGAGUGCUCACCAGCGAGACUCGGUGUCUGACGUGUGAAACUGUGUCAUCUCGAGACGAGGCAUUCUUGGAUCUGUCAAUUGACAUCGAGCAAAACUCAAGCGUGACGGCUUGCCUCCGGCAAUUCAGUGCAAGCGAGAUGUUGUGCCAGAAGAAUAAAUUCUUUUGUGAUUCCUGUUGUGGCUUGCAAGAAGCGGAGAAGAGGAUGAAAAUCAAACGAUUACCAAACGUGCUUGCUUUACAUCUGAAACGAUUCAAGUAUCAGGAAGAUGUUGGGAAAUACAUCAAACUGGCAUAUCGUGUUGCUUUCCCUCUUGAGCUGCGUCUCUUCAACACCGCGGACGAUGCAGUUGAUCCUGACCGGCUAUAUGAGCUCUUCGCCAUUGUUAUCCAUAUUGGAAACGGGCCGUACCACGGGCAUUACGUCGCAAUCGUGAAGUCAAACGAAUCUUGGCUAGUGUUUGAUGACGACAGUGUCGAAAAGAUUAAAGAGUCCGAUAUUUCCAAGUAUUACGGAGAUUCCAACAGUGGGGCCGCAUAUGUCCUAUUCUAUCAAGCACUGGAUCUUGAUUUAGCGGCGCUCGGGUUGAAGACGGAUGAGCCUACUGCUACAGAUUCCGCAGUUGAAGCAUCUCCGAUGCAGGCUCCUUUGCUUCCGCCUGGGCUCACCCACGAGGGCGAUUCAGAUGCCAGUGAAUUUGCACCUGCGACACCUGCAUCACCAGUACUACAAGCUAUUCCAGCAGUUGCGUCCAACUCGUCUCCCCUACCCUUACAUGUUACCAUCCCUCCUGCGGAGACCUCAACUUCAGCGACGAUUUCGAUACCCGUACCUACCCCGACCGCGACAUCUCCUAAUGGCAAGUCGGGAGGAUUCUUCAGUAGCCUCCGUCAUAGCCCUUCGAAACCCUCAUUCGGCUCAGAGAACCGACGUGCAGCUCAAGACGUGGUUAGCCCUCCCGUACCACCUUUACCAUCGUCUAUUGGAUCACCUCAGAUGAGCGCUGAGCCGAGCGUGGCUUCUACCUCUACUACUACCCCUCCUCCCACUAUUGCAAAUGGGAAGCAUAAAGCUCCGAAAGAGAAGACGAGUGGCUGGUUCUCUCGCAAACGCAGUUUACGACCAGAGAAGGAGAAGAAUCCUGAUCGCUUGAGUCGACCUGCCACGUCUCACGGGCACGGGACACCCGACCACCACGAUGGUGGUAGCUUCUCGUCAUCGACCAACUCUUCUCGUGUACCAUUAGUUGUUAUGGACGGUGCGGACGGUUCAUCGAGUUCGCGUCCUUCAGUCUCCGCGAUGACUGAUUCGCCUUCACUCCUCCCAUCUCUGCCUGUGUCUCCUAAAUCCCCUCAAGCCUCCUCUUCGUCUGAUACUCAUAUCCUGCGACAAAAUGGAUCCGCUGUACCGCCUCUCUCUCCUUCGGCCCAUACGUCUUCACACCAUCGCGAUGAUGGCAUGUCUUACCAAUUCCACCUCCCAGGGCACAAGAAGUCGCAACCUUCGCUGAGCGGAAGUCCAACAGUAGUAGAAAGUAGUAGUAGGAGACUACCAGACGUUCGACCGCCCAAGCGUCCUUCGACUGCAGGUGCGGCCGAGUCACCAACGCAUGGUACGUUCAAGCGUCUAGACGAAACUGCGCCUCUACCACCACUACCUUCCGAACUUCGCUCACCGUUACCUCGUCCGCGAACUGCCGCUUACGACCCGUCCAUACCGAAGGAGGAGCGUGAGCAGCGUCGGUUCUCUGCUGCUAUUGUCCCUCCUACAACACCGUUCAAGCGUGCGAGUCGGAAGUUGAGCUUUACGGGUAGUAUGCUUGGGUGGGGGCGGAGGGAUAAAGAUAAGGAGAAGGAAAGGGAAAAGGAGAAACAUAACGCUCCCUCUCAGCAACAGCCGAACUCGACGCAGAGCCUUGGAGCGUCUGUGUUGCAGGGGUUGUCUUUGUCUGGGCGUAUGUGAGUGAUGGAGUGUAGGUUUGAAUCUCUUUUUGUUUUUCUUUACCUUAGGUUGGGACGGACGAACACGCCCGAUUUGGAUUCCAUUAGUUUAGUUGAGUAGUCUGUGUAAUCCAUCUCUGUUUGUAUUCCUCCUUCUGUCAUUACUUGCAUAUCCAUAUCCAUAUCCAUAUCCACCUCUCCGUGUCUCUAUCUCCAUUACCUGUAGACAUCGCACUCAAUUACAACCCUUUUUUUUAAACUCGCCUUUUGAAUUUUUAUUAUUGCCUUCCUUUUUUCUUCCUACUACUUUAUACGCCUUACCCUUCCUCGUCCCGUUUCUUCUUCAUGUAGUUUGCAAUACAAAGCUGUAUGCUUGUAAUUUUUGAUGCUACAAUUCGAGAUAUGAUAUAUUUUUAUAGGACUUUUUCUUACCUUGUCUUCCUGCUUUUCUUUCUGAUUGUCUAGUUUGUAGCUACUUACAUUAUUUUUU